AUGGGCCGCGCCUCACGGCAAAACGAAGACCGAGCCCUCAUCGCUCAAAAGAUCGAACCCAGACCCUAUCUCUCAGUCUCUCCUUCCACAGCGCCAUCCGAGAGGCCGAUGGAGAUCAUCUUCUACUGCGGCCACUGCGGCACAAACCUGCCACGCGGACCUCCAGUGACGUGUUCGGACAUUGUCAAUGGUGCUCACAGUAGCGACGACUUCAUGAAACUUCAAGCACGAGCAGACGCGGAGUCUGUCACCGGCGCACGAUUCGCUGGCUCGACGGGCAUAAGAGUCUGGGAGGAAUGGGCUGGGAACACGGCAAGCGCGCAAAUAGCAGGGGCGAGUGCAUAG